GAGCAGGCGGUGCGUAGUUUUGUUUCCUCUGCCUGCGCGGGGCAUCACUCGCACGCUACAAAAAAAGUCCAGAGCUGCCCUGCAGCUGGGAUAUCCCCUCCUACCGGCACCCGCAGACGCUGCUGCAGCCGCGGCCGGAGCGGAGACACCCUAGCCCUACGCGCCCCGGAGUCCUGCACUGCGGUGCGCGUUCCACCUCCACGCCUUCUCUGCGGGGCGGGCCCGGGGAGAAAGAAUCAGUGCCCAACUUCUGGGCACUGCGCCCAGCGCGAGGUGCAGGAUGGAGAGCAAGACGCUGCUGGCCAUCGCUCUGUGGCUCUGCGUGGAGACCCGGGCUGCCUCUAUGGGUUUGCCUAGUGUUUUUCUUGGUCCAUCUAGGCUCCUCAUACAAAAAGACAUCGUUACAAUUGCGGCUAAUAGAACUCUUGAAAUUACUUGCAGGGGAGAGAGGGACUUGGCCUGGGUCUGGCCCAACAAUCAGAGUAGCUCUGAGAAAAGAGUGGAGGUGACCAACUGCAGUGACAGCUUAUUCUGUAAGACACUGACAAUUCCGAAAGUGAUUGGAAAUGAUACUGGAGCCUACAAGUGCUUCUACCAGGACACUGACUUGGCCUCGGUUGUUUAUGUCUACGUUCAAGAUUACAGAUCUCCAUUUAUUGCUUCUGUUAGUGACCAACAUGGGGUUGUAUACAUUAUGGAGAACAAAAACAAAACUGUGGUGAUUCCAUGUCGUGGGUCCAUUUCAAACCUCAAUGUGUCACUUUGUGCAAGAUAUCCAGAAAAGAGGUUUGUUCCUGAUGGUAAGAGAAUAUUCUGGGACAGCCAGAAAGGCUUUACUAUUCCCAGCUACAUGAUCAGCUAUGCCGGCAUGGUCUUCUGUGAAGCAAAAAUUAAUGACGAAAGUUACCAGUCUAUUAUGUACAUAGUUGUGGUUGUAGGGUCCAAGAUAUAUGAUGUGGUUCUGAGUCCCUCUCACAGAAUCAAGCUGUCUGUUGGAGAAAAGCUUGUUUUAAAUUGUACAGCAAGGACUGAACUAAAUGUGGGGAUUGACUUCAACUGGACCUACCCUUCUUUGAAGCAUCAGCAUCAGCAUACGAAACUUGUAAACCGGGACCUAAAAACUCAGUCUGGGAGUGAUGUGAAGAAAUUUUUGAGCACCCUGACUAUAGAUGGUGUAACCCGGAGUGACCAAGGACCAUACACCUGUGAGGCUUCCAGUGGGCUGAUGGCCAAGAAGAACGACACAUUUGUUGUGGUCUAUGAAAAACCUUUCGUCGCUUUUGAUAGUGGCAUGGAAUCUUUGGUGGAAGCCACUGUGGGAGACUAUGUCAAAAUCCCUGUGAAGUGCCUUGGUUACCCUGAUCCAGAUAUAAAAUGGUAUAAAAAUGGAAGACCCAUUGAGUCUAAUCACACUGUUAAAGUGGGGCAUGAACUGACUAUUAUGGAAGUGAGUGAAAAGGAUACAGGAAAUUACACUGUCAUUCUUACCAAUCCUACUUCAAAGGAGAAACAGAGCCACGUGGUAUCUCUGAUUGUGAAUGUCCCACCCCAGAUCGGUGAGAAAUCUUUGAUCUCUCCUGUGGACUCCUACAAGUAUGGCACCACCCAAACAUUGACAUGCACCGUGUAUGCAGUUCCUCCCCCGAGUUUCAUCCUCUGGUAUUGGCAAUUGGAGGAAGAGUGCACCUACAACCCCACGCAAGCUAUCUUAAUGACAAACCCAUAUACCUGUAAGGAAUGGCGAAAUGUGGAGGACUUCCAGGGGGGAAAUAAAAUCGAAGUCAACAAAAAUCAAUUUGCCCUAAUUGAAGGAAAAAACAAAACUGUAAGUACUCUUGUUAUCCAGGCGGCAAAUGUGUCAGCUUUGUACAAAUGUGAAGCAGUCAAUAAAGUUGGGAGAGGAGAGAGGGUUAUCUCCUUCCAUGUGACCAAGGGUCCUGAAAUCAUUCUGCAACCUGGCACCCAGCCAACUGAGCAGGAGAGCGUGUCUUUGUGGUGCAGCGCAGACAGAACUACAUUUGAGAACCUCACAUGGUACAAACUUGGCCCACAGAGUCUGCCCACACCUGUUUGCAAGAACUUGGAUGCUCUUUGGAAAAUGAAUGCCACCAUGUUCUCUAAUAGCACAAAUGACAUUUUGAUCAUGGAGUUCCAGAAUGCAUCUCUGCAGGAUCAAGGAGACUAUGUCUGCUUUGCUCAGGACAGGAAGACCAAGAAAAGACAUUGCGUGGUCAGGCAGCUCACAAUCCUAGAGCGCAUGGCACCCGUGAUGACAGUGAACCUGGAGAAUCAGACAACAAGUAUUGGGGAAACCAUCGAAGUUUCGUGCACAGCAUCUGGGAAUCCACCUCCACAGAUUUCCUGGUUUAAAGAUAAUGAGACACUCGUGGAAGACUCAGGCAUUGUACUGAAAGAUGGGAACCGGAACCUAACCAUCCGCAGGGUGAGGAAGGAGGAUGAAGGCCUGUACACCUGCCAGGCAUGCAGUGUUCUUGGAUGUGCAAAAGUGGAGGCAUUUUUCAUAGUAGAAGGUGCCCAGGAAAAGACGAACUUGGAAGUCAUUAUUCUAGUAGGCACUGCAGUGAUUGCCAUGUUCUUCUGGCUGCUUCUUGUCAUCAUCCUACGGACUGUGAAGCGGGCCAAUGGAGGGGAACUGAAGACAGGCUACUUGUCCAUCGUCAUGGAUCCAGAUGAACUCCCCUUGGAUGAACACUGUGAACGCCUACCUUAUGAUGCCAACAAAUGGGAAUUCCCCAGGGACCGGCUCAAACUAGGUAAGCCUCUCGGCCGUGGUGCCUUUGGCCAAGUGAUUGAAGCAGAUGCCUUUGGAAUCGACAAGACAGCAACUUGCAAGACAGUGGCCGUCAAAAUGUUGAAAGAAGGAGCAACACACAGUGAACACCGAGCUCUCAUGUCUGAACUCAAGAUCCUCAUUCAUAUUGGCCAUCAUCUCAAUGUGGUCAAUCUUCUAGGCGCCUGUACCAAGCCAGGAGGCCCACUCAUGGUGAUUGUGGAAUUCUGCAAGUUUGGAAACCUCUCAACUUACUUAAGGAGCAAGAGAAAUGAAUUUGUCCCCUACAAGACCAAAGGGGCACGAUUCCGUCAAGGGAAAGAAUACGUUGGGGAAAUCACCAUGGAUCCUAAACGCCGUUUGGACAGUAUCACCAGUAGCCAGAGCUCAGCCAGCUCUGGCUUUGUUGAGGAGAAGUCCCUCAGUGAUGUGGAAGAGGAGGAAGCUUCUGAAGACCUGUACAAGAACUUCUUGACCUUGGAGCAUCUCAUCUGUUACAGCUUCCAAGUGGCUAAGGGCAUGGAGUUUUUGGCAUCUAGGAAGUGUAUCCACAGGGACCUGGCGGCACGAAAUAUCCUCUUGUCGGAGAAGAAUGUGGUUAAAAUCUGUGACUUUGGCUUGGCCCGGGAUAUUUAUAAAGACCCAGAUUACGUCAGAAAAGGAGAUGCACGCCUCCCUUUGAAAUGGAUGGCCCCAGAAACAAUUUUUGACAGAGUGUACACAAUUCAGAGUGACGUGUGGUCUUUUGGUGUCUUGCUCUGGGAAAUAUUUUCCUUAGGUGCUUCUCCUUAUCCUGGAGUAAAGAUUGAUGAGGAAUUUUGUAGAAGAUUGAAAGAAGGAACUAGGAUGAGGGCUCCUGAUUAUACCACACCAGAAAUGUACCAGACCAUGCUUGACUGCUGGCAUGGCGAGCCCAGCCAGAGACCCACGUUUUCAGAGCUGGUGGAACAUUUGGGAAAUCUGUUACAAGCUAAUGCUCAGCAGGAUGGCAAAGACUACAUUGUUCUUCCCAUAUCAGAGACUUUGAGCAUGGAAGAGGAUUCUGGACUCUCUCUGCCCACCUCACCUGUUUCCUGUAUGGAGGAAGAGGAAGUGUGUGACCCCAAAUUCCAUUAUGAUAACACAGCAGGAAUCAGUCAGUAUCUGCAGAACAGUAAGCGAAAGAGCCGGCCUGUGAGUGUAAAAACAUUUGAAGAUAUCCCUUUGGAAGAACCAGAAGUAAAAAUAAUCCCAGAUGACAACCAGACGGACAGUGGUAUGGUUCUUGCAUCAGAAGAGCUGAAAACCUUGGAAGACAGAACCAAAUUAUCUCCAUCUUUUAGUGGACUGAUGCCCAGCAAAAGCAAAGAGUCUGUGGCAUCUGAAGGCUCCAACCAGACCAGUGGCUACCAGUCUGGAUAUCACUCUGAUGACACAGACACCACGGUGUACUCCAGCGAGGAAGCAGAACUUAUAAAGCUGAUGGAGUCUGGGCCACAGGCUGGCAACCCAGCCCAGAUCCUCCAGCCUGACUCUGGGACCACACUGAGCUUUCCUCCUAUUUAAAAGGAGGCACCCAAGUCCCCGACUCCUGGAAAUCACAUGAGAGGUGCUGCUCAUAUUUUCAAGUGUUGUUCUUUCCACCACCAGGAAGUAGCCACAUUUGAUUUUCAUUUAAAAAAAAAAAUGGAUCUCAGACUGCAGGGAGCCAGUCCCCUAGGCAUUUCCUGACAAGAUGCUUGUGACCCAAGAAUGUGUUUGUGUCUUCUCCCAGUGUUGACCUUAUUCUCUUUUUCAUUUAUUUGAAAAACAUGUGUGAUGCUCCCUAUUGUGGGUCUCCCCACAGGUUAUAACAAAAGAAGUUCAAGAAAAGGCUUCAUCCUCCAAGACAUAGCAAUACCUGGGGAGUUGACACCUCUGUAAAACUAGGUAAUCCAGGCAGUGCUUUUGGAAGUGCUUUUGGUGUUGAAGAUGAGAAAGACCUUUACAGCUGAGUCUAUCUAAGAAGCUUUGUUUAGGAUGUGGGUCCUGAGCCAAGUCUUACGUGGGGUUUGGACUGAUAGAAAGGAAGAUGUUGGCUUCCUUUGAGAGUGCACUGGAGCCUGCAAAUGCAUUGUGUUAGCUCUAGUGGAGGUGGGCAUGGGGUCUAUGAGGCAAUGUAAAGGCUUCAGACAAGGUUACUGGUUUUAGAAGGUUGCGUGCUCUUCCCAGUUAGGCUAAAUGAGAGUUCCUUGUGCUGUUUCCGACUCCUAAUGAGAGUUCCUUCCGGACUCUUACGUGUCUCCUGGCCAAGCCCCAGGAAGGAAAUGAUGCAGCUCUGGCUCGUUCUCUCCCAGGCUGAUCCUUUAUUCAGACACCACAAAGAAAGGACAUUCAGACAGAGGCUCCCUGUCGUGUUGAAGAAUUCUGACUGUACAAACCAGCUUCUGGCUUCUUGUGGAUGAAUACCCACAUAUCUGUCCCGUCGUGAUGUGUCUGAGCCUGAAUGCAGUAGGUUUGGCAUCAAGCUGUGGUAUCAAGGCCCCAGGAAGGAGUUCGCUCUGUGGUUCCUUCUCCCCUCCCAGGGCCUUCCCCCUCCCUUUCACCCCCAAAUAGUCAGUAUUUUAGUCAUUUGGCCUCUACACCUUAGUAAAAACUGAUUUGGUUUGUCCUCUCUCUGGAUAAUUUAGAUUUCAAAAUUAUUUUAUAGCCAAAGUUAUAACAACAUCUAUUGUAUUGUGUAGACUUUUAACAUGUAAAGCUAUUUCUACUGAUUUCUGCCCUUGUUCUUUCCUUUUGAACAAAAAAUGUAUUUUUUGUUUGGUACCAUAGUGUGAGAUGCUGGGAACCAUGACUAUAAAACAUGCUAUGGCACAUAUAUUUAUAGUCUGUUUAUGUAGAAACAAAUGUAAUAUAUUAAAACCUUAUAUUAUAUAUAAUGAACUUUGUACCAUUCACAUUUUGUAUCAGUAUAUGUAGCAUAACAAAGGUCAUAAUGCUUU